CAGAUGAAAUGGCCCCUGCUAGAUGUUCAACCAGGAGGUCUUCAAAGUAGACAAGCACUUAAAGAUGCCAGGUCCCCGUCACCGGCACACAUCGUUGGGCCCUUCUGCUGGGAAUUCCCCGGACAGUCAGAUCUGAGCCUUCACCAAUUUCAUUUGUCUAAUAAGGUUCCAGUGGUACAGCACCCUCACCAUGUGCACCCUCUCACGCCUCUGAUCACCUACAGCAAUGAGCACUUCACACCGGGGAAUCCCCCACCUCACCUACAGACAGACGUGGAUCCCAAAACAGGAAUUCCAAGGCCUCCACAUCCUCCAGAUAUAUCUCCUUAUUACCCACUGUCACCUGGCACUGUCGGCCAGAUCCCCCAUCCGCUAGGAUGGUUAGUACCACAGCAAGGUCAACCUGUUUAUCCAAUCACAACAGGGGGUUUCAGACACCCCUACCCAACUGCGCUCACUGUCAACGCAUCCAUGUCAAGUCUUCUGUCCUCUAGGUUCCCCCCACACAUGGUGCCCCCUCACCACAGUUUGCACACCACGGGCAUCCCACACCCAGCCAUCGUCACACCCAACGUCAAGCAAGAAUCCUCCCACAGUGACAUCAGCUCCCUCAACAGCUCGAAACAGUCAGACGCUAAGAAGGAAGAGGAGAAAAAGAAACAGGUCCACAUAAAGAAGCCUCUGAAUGCCUUCAUGCUCUACAUGAAGGAGAUGAGGGCCAAGGUGGUGGCUGAGUGCACACUGAAGGAAAGUGCUGCCAUCAACCAGAUCCUGGGCCGGAGGUGGCAUGCCCUAUCGCGGGAGGAGCAGGCCAAGUACUACGAGUUGGCCAGGAAAGAGCGACAGCUCCACAUGCAGUUGUACCCAGGCUGGUCAGCACGAGACAACUAUGCGGCUAACCAACAGGGGAAAAGGAAGAAGAGAAAAAGGGAAAAGCAGCAAGCAGAGAGCAAUGAACACAGAGAAUAUUUUCCAAACCCUUGCCUUUCACUCCCUCCGAUUACAGAUGCAAAUACCCCAAAGAAGUGUCGUGCCUUGUUCGGGCUUGACCAGCUGAGUUUAUGGUGCAAACCAUGCAGGAGAAAAAAAAAGUGCAUUCGCUACAUCCAAGGUGAAGGCAGCUGUGCUAGUCCUCCCUCUACAGACGGAAGCUUACUAGACUCCCCCCCAUCCUCCCCCUCUUCAGUGGUUCCCUCCCCCUCCUCAAAAGAGUCCAAACCUCAGACUGAACAAAUGCAACCUCUCUCACUGACUAUGAAACCGGCCCACCAGCCACUCCACCACCCGCACCUCCUGGCUGGGCCUCCACCAUCUUUGGUUCAGCUGGAAAACUCUGCUGCAGCUAGCAAAACGCCUGGCGCCUCCUCCCACAAUGGAGCCCUGGAGCACGGCGACGUCUCGUCCUCGCGGCAGCCGGGCUCCUCUGUGGCGUCCUCAAUGGCCCGGCCCUCGGCAUUGCUGUGUCAUUCCCACUCACUCCUCCCCUCCACGGCCCCUCAGCCUCUGUCGCUAGUGACCAAGUCUAUAGAAUAGUCUACCCUAUUCUUUUCCUCUUUUCUAGCUCUGCAAACACAACACACACACCUUUCUAGGCCCUCUCUCUGCUAUAUUUCACUUGCCGUCAGUUCUUUUCUCUUUAUGUUUCUGUGCCAUAAGGCUUUGAAAUUUUAGUUUUUGUUUUAUUAAAGUUCAUUGGUCAAUAUUUGACCCAUCAUUAUCAAAAAAAAAUCUAAUUAUUAAAGAAAUGAUACAAUGAGCUGUAGUAUAGCUUUGUGAAUCUGCCAAAAUUUUUAUGAAUUUUGUUUUGUCUUUUUUGUAGUGUUAAACAGUGCAAACAGAAAAAUUAUCUAGUACAACUUCAAAAUGUUUAAAAGACGGAUAUAAAAAGGUAGGCUAGAUUAUUCAAUGAGCCCUUUUCUUGAAAGAGUUGGUUCUCCUUCUUUAUUUGUAUUAAAUACGAGCUUGCGAACCAAUCAUUUGACAUCUGUUCAAACUCUAGGAGGGCAUGAGGCUAGUGGUGACACCUCUCUGAGGAACAACUUUAAUUGUGAUGUUACUUGUUCUUGUUUAAAUGUACAGAAUAAUGGGAGGGGGGGUUACUGUGUUAAAUAUGCAUUCUUCCACUGCGUUGUCUUUUUUCUUUGUUGUUUACCUUUGGGGUGGAGUCAGGCA